AUGGAUUCCGAGCUCGUUGAAGAAACCCCACCAACCCAAGAAGAAACACCCGCCCAAGGGGGGAAGGACUCGCUUAUCAAGCUUCUCUCUAUUCCCUUUUCUGCACUCUCUCAGAGGCUCAAACGAACAGCUCUCGAUCUCAAAGAAACCGCUGUGAUAGAGACUUGGGGACUCAUUGGGCAACAUGUGCGAGACUUUACCCUCUACUCUGAGUCUGGGGUUCUUGGGACAACUUACUUGCUAGCGUAUCUAGUUACUGCCAACAAGACUGAUCUGGGUCUUUGCUCUGAGAUUGUGAAGGCUUGCGACUCUACUUCUUUUGGUUCAAAGGAUAUUACAUUUAUAUGCGGACGAGCUGGUGUUUGUGCUCUUGGUGCUGUUGUAGUAAAGUACAGUGGUGAUGAGCGUUUGAUGAAUUACUAUUUAAGUCGAUUUAACGAGAUAAAACUGCCACGAAGUCUCCCUGAUGAGUUAUUGUAUGGGAGAGUUGGGUUCUUAUGGGCGUGUUUGUUCUUAAACAAACAUAUAGGUCAGGGAACAGUUCCUCCUACCUACACUGGAGCAGUUGUAAGUGAAAUUAUAAAGAACGGAAUACGAUUGGCUAACAAGGGAAGAUGCCCAUUGAUGUUUGAAUGGUAUGGGGAAAAGUAUUGGGGUGCUGCCCAUGGCUUGGUGGGGAUUAUGCAUGUUUUAAUGCGCAUGGAAUUGAUAAUUGAUGAGAAGGAAAUGUUAAAACACAGGGGUUGUUGUUCGUUCUCUCAUGAUGUUAUGUCUAAAGUCCCCUCAUCUAGGUUGUGGGGCUGUUUCAAGUAG